UGUAUGCACACACAAUUUUGCGAGUGAAGCCUUUUUUCAAGUUUAAGUUCAAUUAUGGUAAAAUCUUUCAAGUCACGUGUUGUGAAACAGACUUCAAGAUUGAAGAAAAUUCUAUGCUGCUGCAGCUGUAACACGAAGAAUCGUGUUGCACCAGCAUCAUUGGACGAGUGGAGGACGCUAACAAGAAUUUCUGAGGCCCCGCUGGCUCCAGUUCCCAAAUUCAGCAACGACAAGGCCCCAGUUGCCCCAGAAUCGGUAUUCAACAUCGUAGAAGCCCCAACUACUUCCGACGCUCUGUCCAGUCUGCCUUCCCCGACGUCCUCCGUGUCAGACCGAGAAUUCAGAUCAUCUCGUUUAACAUUGCAUGGAAGCCCCGGAUGUGUAUCUGCCGACACUGUCGCUGCCAUCCGCGACUUGGCUGGAAUCAACAUUGCUAAAAUAGUUUCUGUGUCCAAAUCGAAAACACGAGUAAUAAAUUACUACUCGGACCAGCCAGAGGAUACUCCCCUGCCAUAUUUCAUCUGGUCAGUAGAGACAAACGCCACUGUGGGAAUUGCAAUCCGAGGGUCAUUUUCUCAAGACACACUCGGCCCAAUGUUUAGUAACGCACAAUGCACAUCAAUGGCAUAUCAGUCGCUUGCAUACAAGAAGCUUAUGGGACAGCCAGACACCUGGAAUUACCGGGACAUUGACUCAAUUCUUUGCCAGGGGCACCUUCUGCACAGCCACUUUCGGUACGUGAUGAAGCUGAGCACGAACAAGGAUAACAGAAUCGCAAUCCACGAGCUUCCAUUGUCCUACGACGUCCAGGUGCUACCUCCAACAUGCACUCCCGGAAAUGGCAGUAGUGACUUAAUUCAAAAAGUCCAUGUCGUAUUCCUGUACGGCAUCGACGGAAUGUAUGCCUACAACAGCCCGGAAAUAGCUAAGAAUGUGUCCAGCUUUGCUCCUGAAUUUCCCAUGUUUAUCCUGCAGACAUUUACAACCGGGAAUUCGGAAGAUCUAAACAUGAUUUUGACCAUCAAUGAUUUCACGAUGGCAAUAUGGCGACGAAGAAAUGAGGACACGAUUUGGUUGUUUGAUAGCCACAGGAGAGAUGCGACUGGCCUUGGACAUGCUUUUCUCACGUGGGGAUCGGAAUCUUACGACACGGGGGCUGCAUUGGCGCGAUCCUUUACUGGCGUCAGUGGAUUAGUGGGACACAUCACGGAAAUAUACGGGGACAGCUUUUACUACAAUGCUAGAUUCUACAAUCUGGAUAUGGUUGACUCUGACGGUGUUCCUCCUGCAGCCGGAAAUGACGCAGACGGGGUAAUGGAUGACAGAGUGUCUACGCUAGACGACAGCCUUCCUGUAGCCUCCCUCGACGAAGAGAAACAUCCCCCUUGAAGCAACACGACUUGAGUAUCCAGUGGCUACAGAGGAUUCCUGCCAAGCACGUCACACAAAGCAUACUUGCCGUUAGUACAUUGUGGGAAAGGUCUAAAAAGCACGUGACCACAACUAAUUAAAUUGUAACUAUAGUAUGUUCCACCACCUUGCUAAAGAUGGCAGAUGCUUCCUAGAACACCAAGCCAUGCACUAACGAUGUCACGGUGGUAUCUGACGGAUGUGUGUACAGCUGACCAACCAAAAUGGCACUCAAGGUUAUGUAAUGGGGCAUCGUCAGUUGUCUGUCCGUCCGUAGUCACUUUUCCCUUACAAAUCGCUGUCCGGAGCAACUAGGUGGAAAUUGUAUCAAUUUCAUUUGGAGCAUAGUUGCGCAUCGGGGACACAUUGGAGUAUUGAAGUAGGAUUAAGCCUCCCCGGGGACAGUAGGACGGGAACAAACAUAUACCAGAAUUUAGACUAGAACGUUCUUGCGUAAAGGAAAUCCAAUGAUGUAAACGAAGGUUUUAGCUGAGCUCAUGUCAAAUGGGCGAUCCUUAAAAGGGAAAUGCAGGCAACGAUUUGAGAUACCAAAUUUGCUUCCCUUAAGACAUGUUGGCGGGGUCCAAAAGGAGCUAUUAGGCGUCGUUAUCUUGUAGGAACGGAGGGUGAGGCUUACCUGGGGACAUAUCGGCGGGGCCCAAUAGGGGCUUUAAGGCGUCGUUAUGUUGUAUCAACGGAGGAAGUGGCUUCCCUGGGGACAUAUAGGCGGGGCCAAAUAGGGGCUAUGAGGCGUCGUUAUGUUGUAUAAACGGAAGGGGAGGCUUACCUGGGGACAUGUCGGCGGGGCCCAAUAGGGGUUUUUAGGCGUCGUUAUGUUGUAUAAAUGGAGGGAGUGGCUUCCCUGGGGACAUAUAGGCGAGGCCCAAUAGGUGCUUUAAGGCGUCGCUAUGUUGAAUUAACGGAGGGAGUAGCUUCCCUGGGGACAUAAAGGAGGGACCCAAUAUGGGCUUUAAGGCGUCGCUAUGUUGAAUUAACGGAGGGAGUGGCUUCCCUUGGGACAUAAAGGUGGGGCCCAAUAGAGGCUUUAAGGCGUCGUUAUGUUGUAUACACGGAGGGAGUGGCUUCCCUAAGGACAUAUAGGCGUGGCCCAAUAGGGGCUUUAAGGCGUCACUAUGUUGAAUUAACGGAGGGAGUGGCUUCCCUGGGGACAUACAGGUGGGGCCCAAUAGGGGGCUAUAAGGCGUCGUGAUGUUGUAUAAAAUGAGGAGAGGCCUCCCUAGGGACAUAUAUAUUGGCGGAGCCCAAUGGGGGAUAUAUAGCGUCGUUAUGUUGUAUAAACGGAGGGAGUGGCUUUCCUGAGGCAUAUAGGCGGGGCCCAAUAGCGGCUUUAAGGCGUCGCUAUGUUGAAUUAACAGAGGGAGUGGCUUCCCUGGGGACAUAUAGGCGGGGUCAAAUAGAGGAACGUGGGGAGUGGCUUCCCUGGGGACAUAUAUGCGGGGCCCAAUAGAGGCUAUUAAGCUUCUUGAUGUUGUAUAAACGGAGGGAGUGGUUUCCAUGGGGACGUAUAGGCGGGGCCCAAUAGGGGCUUUAAGGCGUCGUCGUGUUGUAUAAACGGAGAGAGUGGCUUUCCUGGGGACAUAAAGGCGGGGCCCAAUAGCGGCUUUAAGGCGACGCUAUGUUGAAUUAACGGAGGGAGUGGCUUUCCUUGGGACAUAUAGGCGGGGUCCAAUAGAGGAACGGAGGGAGUGGCUUCCCUGGGGACAUAUAGGCGGGGCCCGAAAGGGGGUUAUAAGGGCUUUAAGGAGUCGCUAUGUUGAACUAACGGAGGGAGAGGCUUUCCUGGAGACAUAUAGGCGGGGUCAAAUAGAGGAACGAAGGGAGUGGCUUCCAUGGAGACAUAUAUGCGAGGCCCCAAAGGGGGCUAUAAGGGCUUUAAGGCGUCGCUAUGUUGAACUAACGGAGGGAGUGGCUUCCCUGGGGACAUAUAGGCGGGGUCCAAUAGAGGAACGGAGGGAGUGGCUUCCCUGGGGACAUAUAGGCGGGGCCCAAAAGGGGGCUAUAAGGGCUUUAAGGCGUCGCUAUGUUGAACUAACGGAUGGAGUGGCUUCCCUGGGGACAUAUAGGCGGGGUCCAAUAGA